UGGAAGGCGAGCGCGCGUCACGUGACCGGCGGUGCCCCAAAAAAAACAUGGCGGCGCCCUGUGUGUCAUCGCUGAUACGGGCGUUAUUACCAUCAGCCUCCUCAGGCCUGUUCCAGAGGGCAGUGCGCUUGCCAGGAUGCCAGCGAUGCCUGUGCAGUGCCCCGUGUCAACAACGUCGGCACUUUUUCUGGAAAAAACGGACGUGUUCUCACAGCGUGGUUCGACCCGCCGUGGUCCGGCCACCUUACCCAGUUCCCAAGCACAUCCAAAAACCAGGCUACGUCUCCUCCAGCUCUGUGCCUGAGUGGCCUGACUAUAUUGAGAUCAAGGAUGAAGAGCAGAUUGAGGGUUUGAGGAAAGCGUGUCAGCUCGCUAGGCACAUCCUCCUCCUUGCUGGAAGCAGCCUUAAGGUUGGUAUGACAACAGACGAAAUUGACUACAUCGUGCAUCAGGAGACGAUCAAACACAACGCGUAUCCCUCUCCGCUACACUACGGUGGAUUUCCCAAGUCGGUGUGUACAUCUGUAAACAACGUGGUGUGUCAUGGCAUUCCAGACAGUCGACCACUUCAAGAUGGAGAUAUCAUUAACAUAGACGUUACUGUUUACCUGGACGGUUAUCAUGGUGACACCUCAGAGACAUUUCUGAUUGGUUCGGUGGAUGAAUGUGGUGGGAAGUUAGUAAAUGUGGCACGACAGUGUAGAGACGAGGCCAUCAGUGCAUGCGGCCCGGGACGCCCGCUGUGUGUUAUCGGCAACAUCAUCAGAAAUGCAGUGUCUGCCAGGCCGAGUCCAGCUCCCUGCCGAGACCCACUCACAGCCACAGAGAGAAGGAGGACACACAGAAAGGGACGACACACAAAAACCUCUUUCUGUAGCGUUGCACAAAAGACAUGACUAUAAUAGCGUCAGUCCGGUCACACAGAUUACGGCAGGGGUUCUCACAAACCCUUUUCAAUGUACAGAAUACAGCCCUCUUAUGAGCUCCACUAAAUAAAUAUUUCAAGAAAAAAAAUGGUGUGUGUAUGUAAGUAUGUGUGUGUGUAUGUAUAUAUGUAUAUAUAUGUGUGUGUGUGUGUGUGUGUGUGUGUGUGUGUGUGUGUGUGUGUGUGUGUGUGUGUGUGUGUGUGUGUGUGUGUGCCCACAAGACCACCACAACAUGUUAUUCUGCUACUAUUAGAAGUUUUUAUCCUUUUAGUAUUUUGUCACUACUAUUUUGUAGGUUCUUUUCAAAGAUUUGUAUGUAUAAUGUUUUUAUAUUUGUGUAUGUAUGUAUGUAUGUAUUUAUGUAUGUAUGUAUGUAUACAAAUUGGGUGCCUUACAUAGAUGUUUAUCACAUCUGCUUUAUGUCAUGUCUAAGAACACAUCUACCUCCAUUUAAUGGUAUUCUCUGGGGUGUGUUUUAUUGUUAAAAUAUGCAAGGAAUUUGCUCUAAUGACUAUGACUACACUGUUGACCCUCCAUGAUAAUGAUUUUGACAUGUCUAUCAAUGCAAUACAAGACAUUAACCUAUUAAUGCAUGCAAUACUUAUUUAGAUCCACACAUUGUGCAUGUCUUAGUUUAUAUCUAUCUAUCUGGAGAUGGCCUUAUAACCCUUUCCAGCUUGAUGAACAGCAGCAGUUGUUUCUCUGAUGUCAGGAUGGAUAUGUUUUCUUUUAGGCAUGGUGUAUUCACCCUACACACCUAGUGCUUCAGAACACCAUACUUCCAAAAGUUCUGCUUUUAUAGAGGUUGUCAAACUUCUUGAUGAUGAAGUAAUCGUGUGCAUUUUUAAGUGAGGCCUUGCUGCUAUUUACUUUUCAUUGUUUGUGGAGGAAGAAAGGUUUAUUUGUCGCCCCCCAUCUUGAUGGUUUACUUUUGGGGGAAAAAACAAAAGUUCACAUAAUGAAAUCUAAAAUCGUAGGUGUUCUUUUGUUGGUGUAACUAACACACACACACACACACACACACACACACACAC